GGGACGGGGGAGGAUCGAAUGCAAGCAGACAGCAGAAACAAAAGCCAGAAAAGCAGGCAGAUGGUUCAAAUUCUAUUACUUUUCUAAGAAUAUCUUACAUAUUUGCUGAAAUCGUCGAAGUUUUUUGAUCCGUGACCCACUUGUGCCCAAUGGAUAUAUCCAGUGCUGUGGGACAAGGACGAGCUAAUGCAGAAGGUGGCCCAUUAAUCUUCUGCAAAUGGAUUUCGUAACCCCAGGUGUAAACAAUAUGCAAAUUUCUUUGCAAUCAAGGCCAUCUUCUUGGUGAAUCAUAGGGUUGAGUCUGCAUUGGAAAUAGAGCGCACAGUGGUCAGUCUGAGGUUCAGGAGCACUAUCACGACACCACGGACUUCUCAACAAGUUGAAAGAUACCCUGUGGAAAAAUGGAAGAUUCCAUCAACACCCAGCCACUCUUACAGGGUGAUUCUGACAGUGAUUUUGAUGGCAAUUUGUCGGACGACACCCCUUCCACUUAUAUGGUGGACGACCCAGUUGUAACUACAAAAGACACAAAGCCAUUGUUCAAAGGCAGAGAUCCUCAAGACAGGUUUAGCCUUGCAUACAUUAUAUUUUAUUUUCUUGGAAUGACGACUUUGCUGCCAUGGAAUUUCUUCAUCACAGCAGAUGAUUACUGGAUGUACAAGUUUCGAGAUGUCAAUGCAUCGGAACCAACUACCAUGUUUCUCAACUCCUCUGUGGGUACAGUGGGCCGAACUCCUCUCCAAAAGAGCUUCACAGCAUAUCUUAGUGUAGCAUCAACUGUUCCCAGUACAGUUUUUCUCAUUUUAAACUCUGCUCUCUCUCACAAGAUAUCUCUUCACUCUCGCAUGCUGGGAUCAUUUGUAAUGAUCCUUCUUUUGUUUGUUGUCACAACUCUGUUUGUUCAUAUCAACACUGACGCUUGGCAAUAUGACUUUUUCUACCUUACCAUGGCAAUAGUGGUGGCCCUAAACAUUGCAAGUGCCGUGUUGACUGGUGGAUUAUUUGGCAUGCUCGGAAAGUUCUCUGCUGCUUACAUAUCUGCCGCAAGUAGUGGUCAGUCUCUAGGUGGUGUUUUCGCGGCACUAGCUGAAAUAUUGUCACUGUGGCUUGGAGCUUCACCUCAGCUCAGUGCCUUUGUGUACUUCAUGGUUGCCAAUGUUUUUCUUGUUGUAUCUAUUGUCUGCUACUUGGUUCUCAUUCGAGCAGUCUUCUUUAAAUAUCACAUGGCACCCAGACCACAGCUGUCAGUUCAAUAUGAAGCUGAUGGAUGUGCCCCAUCAGUAGAGGUUGACAUGUUUUCCUUGUCCUAUACUCGUGUGUUAAGCAAGAUCUGGGUUCAUGGACUUGCGGUAUGGAUGGCAUUUUUUGUUUCACUAUCGUUUUAUCCAGCGGUCACUGUUCUUGUUGAGUCUGAAAACAAAGGCCACGGAAACCAAUGGAACGAUAAAUAUUUUGUUCCUGUGGUUGCCUACCUGAUUUUCAGUUUGUUUGACUAUCUGGGAAGAGUGCUUUCAGGGCUGCUUCUUUGGCCAAGACAAAAUGCAAGAGCAUUGCUUCUCAUGUCAGCAGCCAGAAUUAUUUUUGUCCCCUUGCUGCUCUACUGCAAUGCUCAACCCCGUCAACAUCUCCCGGUGUUGAUUCACGGGGACGCGUAUUACAUUUUGAUUGUGGUGCUAUUUGGAUUCACCAAUGGUUACGUAGUCAACGUUACAAUGAUCAGUGGCCCAAAGGCCUGUGAGCAUCAUGAACAAGAGAUGGCUGCUUCUAUAAUGUCAGCAUUUCUAGGAAUAGGAUUAGCCUGUGGAGCAUUACUCAGUAUGGCCAUUGUGUCCAUGAUAUAAUUAUUUGGGAAUCGAUUCCCACCUAGAUCAAUGUUCUAUUGUAUAGUUAGUUUUGCUAGCCAACCCCUUGUUUGGGUUUUACUCAUGCCUUCCAUGUAUCUUUAUAAACUACAGCUAGGGAAUAUGUAGCUUGGGUAUUUUUGUGCUGACAUAGGCAAUCAGUGCCAUCAUUAUUGUUAUCAUUGGAUUGUACGUAUCAAAUGUUUAGGAAUGUUGACUUAUGUUAAAUAUAAUGAGCUCUAUUUCUACCUGUAAAAUCCUGAACAUCUGGUUUUAUUGUCUACUAAGUUUUAAUAAUAGUAAUUUCACUAUCACUGAACAGUAUUUUUCAUCUCGAUAGACAACAUUGUACUGAUUUUUGUACAGUGUUAUGGUUUGUGUUUUUGUAAUUUGAAAGCUAUAGUCUUAAAUUUGUUGAAAAUGAGUGUAAAAUAAUUCCUGAACCACCUGUGAUUUUUACUGCUUUACUGCUUUUUUUUUUGAGUGAUCAUCAUAUCAUGAGUGUUAGACUAGGCUGUUGGUGUCGUCCUUGUGUGAUAUUAUUUUGCAUGUUCUGUUUUUAUGUUUGACUGUUUUGUAUUUUUCAUAAUUUGUUUUAUGGAUCCCUUGAGACUGAGUGUAGUCAUUUUUUAAAAGUCACUGAAAGAGGUGUAGAAAUUGAUCCAGAUUUUACUUGUAUGGACUUGACCUUACUAAGGCAUUCUAACACUGUCAAUCCUUCUUUCUUCUCUCUUCAGUCAUGAGAUGCAAGAUAUUUGCUGAAAUGUUCAUAAGCUCAAACAUUAACUGCUUUGACUUGGUAAAUGACUGACUUGAUUCUCUGCAUUCCUUUAUGUAUUGUUCUUGUGUGAAGUAGUAAACCUAGGCUUGAGUGUCUGGACUAGGACUUCCUGUGUCACAUGACAUGUCUUAACAUUUGUAUGUUGGUCUUUGUUUCUUUUUAGAAAUGAUCUCUUAAUAUUUUGUCUUUGAGAAUUUUCCUUAUUUUAAACUUUAUAUUUCUACUUAUCCAUAUUAUUAUUAUUUUAUUGGUGAAUCGACCAAGAAACAUGCUUCCUUUAUAUUCAAGGAGAGCAGCUUCCUCCUUUUUGUGAUGUAACUGAUAAGAUUGUUUUUUUUUUCAUAGUACCCUCUGUUCUGUUUCUGUUUAUUACUCUUCUUGUGUUAACAUGGCUUCUUGCAAGAAGGCUGGUCCUCUUCACGGCUUUGUUCUAAAGAGCAGCAUUUAUAAUUACAUUAUCUGUUCAUCGUUGAGGGAGAAAACAUGACUAAAAUUUCCGAAUGUAAGUGUGAGUUGUAGUGAAUGUGUGAUAUGCAAAUAGGAGGAAAUAAAAACAUAUACCCACACAA